AUGGUCCGUCUUCUCACCACCGUUGCCGUCCUCCUCAGUAUCGCCAUGGGCGCACAAGCCGCAGCCUUCUGCCAAUGUCUCUAUUCUGACGGUUCUCACUGCUGCGUUGAUGAAAACACCCCAGCAGGGUGCACGACCACUUGUGAGAAUGCGCGUGCUCUCUUCGCAGACAAGCCUUGUAAUGCGGGAGGCAAGUUCUCCAACGUCAGCCCAUGGAACGCCCAGUUCAGAACUGCUUGCGCUUGA